AUGAGCGUGUUCGAGACCCUUGAUGCCUCAAAAGAAAACUAUCUGGAUAUUGAACCCUUGGACUAUUUGAUUGACCAUUUUGAGUGUCUCAAUGUAAACCGGUCAAUAUUGACGAUUGAGAUUUCUAGAGCAAAAAUGGACCUUGAAAUGGGGCUCCCAGUAAGUCAGAAGAGAUCUGAAAACUUAAUGAAGUUAAUAAACCUGAAAAACACUUUUGCCACAUCAAUAGCGACUGUUGAAAGAUCAUUCUCUGGAAUGAAUAGAGUAUGCUCAAAAUUAAGAUCCAAAACCACAGCAGGCCAUUUGGGAGACUUGUUGUGUAUAUCUCUCAACAAGGAUCUGGCCAGUCAUCUAGAUACUGAAGUAAUGAUAGACAGUUGGGCUGCAAAAUCCAACAGGAGAGUUAAUGUUUGA